CUGAUGUGGAUGAGUGUGCUCAACCUAUGAUCAGACAGGAUGGGGAGGAGGCUACCCCACAGCUUGUGUUGACGAUUGCUUCCGCCCGGCCUACAGAGACUGAUACCAUGGACGAAGUGGUUCCCAAUACUGCAUCAGAGAGACCUUAUCGAUGGAGAGACACACGGGACAUGGCAUUAGAUCUCCCACAAAGGGAGCUACCGCUUAUGAUAGGGCCUUCCACUAUAGUACCGAUGCAGGAGCACGAGGAGCCUCAACCUGAGUGGCUGCAAGAGACGACGCCGAUGCAUGAUAAGCUAGGGCAUGAUGGGCAGAGGGUCCAGUCUCGGUCAAGGCCGGCAGUGGAGGAUGGUGAGAGAGGUGCGAUGGGACCCUCAUCAUUGGACGGAUCGUCGUUACUGAGCGAGAGUCGAUUGGCUGAGCAGCCAACUGAGCCUAGGGGUUCAUUGACUGCCCAGCUGUAUGACAUGGAGUCUCCUAGGAUGCAGAUGCGACAGGAGGUAUCCCGACCCUCGCCCAUGGACAUGGAGACAGAGCGAGUUGAGGUCGAGGUUUUGGGGCUAGAUAGAGAGGGUCUCACGGAGGACAUGCAGACCCAGCGAGUGGAGACACAGAUGGAGCACGAUGCACUGAGAGAGGUGGUGAGUGAUCUCCACACGUUUGUUGAGGGAAGAGAGGUCCAGACGCUAGAGGAGGCUGAGGCGGUGCUCAGGAUACAGGAGAGAGAGGCGAGUGAUUGGCGAGCCCAGGUUCAAAGGAUUCUCAGGGAGUAUGAGCCACCUGCUGACGCGACGAACAGGGAUAGGCUCGUGCGCAGGGUUGUCUUUGAGACUGUGCAAUCAUCUCAGUUGGAGAGCCAGGUGUCGACUCUUGUCAGGUUACGGCGAGAGACUGAGCAGCAGACACAUAGACUCUUCUAUGAGGAUGCGGCCACAGCCGGAUGGCAGGAGGAGGUUAGGAGGAGGAGACGGACUGGAGAGGAUCCCAUGUCGGAGGGCGAGCGUACACAGGCGGAGGAGGGGCUCCAGGCGAGAUUAUUAUGUGGCGCCUCAGUACGAGAGUUGGCAGGCAUGAUGGAGCAUGUAAGAAGAGUCACGCAGACCGAGGUUAAGCGAGGAGAGGUGCUUCAGGAUGCCGUACAGAGGAUCGGUGCUCUGGAGCGGGAGAAUAGAGGACUGAGGGGCACGGUACGUGAUCUUGUCACCAGCGCCGAGCGGGCAAGACAAUCCACCUUGAGGCUCGAGCAGAGGAUUACUCCUAGAGGAGAGUUAGAGGCGUCAGGCCAUGGCAGGUCUGUGAGAUUGGACAUCCCUCAGCGAGACUCACAGACGGAGGAGCCACUCGGGGCUAUACGGAUGACAUGUGAGGAGGCUGCAGUCGUCGACAAGCUCAUGCUUGAGCCAGACGAGAUCAAGAGGAGGAGAGAGGCAGAGGCACGUGGUUUGGACUGGGUCCCUCCCUCAGAGUUGGCUGUUCAAGGGGGUGUAUGGCGAGAGAUGGGUGGUAGGCACGACGAGCAAGAGAGGAUUUCAGAGCCACGAGACGUCAUGCCACAGCAGAACACGAGCGAAUCAGUGACACUACUGCCCAUGACUCUUCCAUUUACACCAGCUCCAGCUUUGGGGCCGAUGGAUAACAUAGUGCACCUCCUUUCUUCAGAGUCUGAGAGAUGUGACGAGGAGGCGACAGCAAAGAGGGCCCCGAGGAUGUUGAGUCCUGACACGGUGGGUAGAGUCGUACAGGAUGUGACAAUCCGACUCGAGAGGGCACGACCUCAGACCCUACCCGUGUCUAAGAAGGCGAAGAUCGAGGAUAGUAGCACUGAUGACCUGUGCUCAUGGUGUGACAGAGGAGGGCACGACAGGGUUGCUUGCCCUGCCUUCCAGGAUGACCUUAGGAGACGAGUCGUACAGUUUGACGGACAGGGACGAGUCAGAGAUAUGCGUGGCACCCUUCUUCCGAGAAGACGUCACGGUGCUAGGAGAGCUGUGUAUGACAGGCUAAGCAUUGAGCUGAGGGAUAAUGAGUGAUGGACUGCGUAUCCACGAGACGCUUGGACGA